AUGGCGUGGGCGCAGCCUGAAUACGCGACGGCUAAAAUAGCGGUGUGGUGGGACAUGAAGGGCUGUCCGAUUCCCGAGGGUUAUGAUGCUCGUCGGAUCCGUCCGAAUAUGGAAGCGGCGUUCAAGAAACUUGGCUACUCUGGUCCUGUCUCCAUCAAGAAACAAACCCCUGAUCACCUCCUCCGAGGUGUCUCUUCUACUGGAGUCGCUCUUGCACAUGUCAUUCCGGGUUAG